AUGAGCAUUUACUUGUCGAUAGAAAUGGAAAUGUGCAUUGGAGCAGCUGUCCAAGAAAUCAGUGAUAUUGCGGGACCUGCAAGGGACUAUUGGAAUCACGUUGAUGUCCAUGCGCUGUGCGGAAAUUCCCCAGACCUAGUCGAAUUUCAUGAAACUUCGCCUUUCCUCGAAUGCACUAUGCCGCGGCGGAGUUUCAGAGCUUCUGCUCCUAUCACUCUUGGAUACCACUUGUCACACGAAAACUCGGUAAACGAAGCUGCGUGUGCUGGUGACCAGGGCAAGUGCCUGUAUGAAGUUGCGUCGCACGCCGCUAGGGACUGA